CGAAAGUGAAACAAAAAAAGAUUAAACGCGCACCGCGCCCGAUGUUUCGCGUGCCUCGCUUGUGCCGUUGCCAGCGGCAACAGACAAUAACAUUUCUCAAGCAAAAAUGUGACCGCCGCGGCUGGUACUUCUUCGCUGUCACCUCGCCAGUUCUUGGGCGCACUACGUAAGCAAGGUAACGCGGUCGUGCCUGGUGAUUUCCCCCCGCGCACGAUGUCUCCUCGUCGUCGCCUCGCGUGCCCAAACGACUUCAAGUGGCCGUAAUCGAGCGCGUGUGGGGACCGUGCUAACUUUUCUUUUCUCCGACUUUCUCCCCCCCCCCCCUCCUCUUGAUGCAUACUUCGUGGGAGGUCAGCCGUUGGCGCAAGCCAUGAAGAAGUUCUUCCAGAAGAAAAUACUCAAAUCCUCCUCCGCCAAGAAGCAGAGCGCGGCUAGCUUGAGUUCGCAGGAUGGACACACGGACGAAUUCUACGGCUAUUCGAUCGACCUCGCCAGGACGGACUCGAGUUUCACGAAGCUCCACAAGGCUUGCUGGCUCGGCGACGAAGACAGGGCCCGCUCGGCUGCCAAGAAAGUCGACGUCAGUUUUCAGGACAAUGAGAGCAGGAGCCCACUCCACCUGGCAGCUGCAAGGGGUCACGUGACUAUCGUGCAGCUUCUGCUGCGUGCGCAGGCCCGUGUCGAUGCCUUGGACUCGGAGGGGAAGACUCCGUUGAUGAAGGCCGUAGAGGGCCAUCAUCUAGAAGCUGCUCGGUGUCUGCUGGAGCAGAGGGCUAACCCCGAUGUUCCUGACCAAAACCUGGACACGGCACUUCACUUGGCCCUUUCGACGGGACAGGCCGAUAUGGCUGCACUGCUUGUGCAGUUUGACGCCGAUGUCUCAGCAAGGAACAAGGAAGGGAUGUCGCCAUUGUACUUAGCAGCAGUCCAGCAGCACCUAGAUGUGGCUCGCCUUCUUUUAGACCGUGGAGCCCAGGCAAAUGCUGGAGACAACAAGAAAAAAAGUCCAUUGAUGGUCGCCUCAGAAGCUGGAUCUGUGGCUUUGGUUCAGCUGCUUCUCAGUCGAGGGGCCAACGCAAAUGCAGUUGACGACGAAGGCCGCACAGCCCUCGACCUUGCCAGGAGAGCUGGCCACGAGGAAUGUGCCAAGCUGCUUGCCACAAAAACUAGCAGCGCCCAUGGUGGUGAAGCUGAAAGUGCUGACAUCGAGUCAUGGAAGUCGUCAAGUGACUCUGAAGCCAGCAGGAAAGGGAAGAGGUUACCAUACAACAUUGUCAUUCCUUCACCCUCACACCUGUCACCUCAGCAUUCGAUUACCGGCCACUCACCGAGCCCAAACCAUCUCGGCAUCAAAGAGCACCCCAAGCCUUACGUCUCGUCAGUCGUGAUUAAUUCCAGCAUGCCGCAGAAAUCGGCGACCAAUGGGGAGCCGACGGGGACCCAAGUCGGUGCUACGAAAAGUCACGGGUUGGAAAGAGACGGAGAGAAAAACGGGAACAUCAUUACCAUACCCAUGAAGGAAGCGACACCGAAAAAGACGCCGACCAAGCCCCACUUCGAAGAGAACGACAUUCCCAGUUGGAUGGAGGGCGACGUCUCGUUCGACGAAUCGGAGGGAGACGCCAAGGCCACGUCGCUGUACGUUCCGUCGUCGGUUUCGCAGCAGAAGCGCAACUCCAAGGCCGAGCCCGAACUUCACAAGUCUGUGGAGGUUUUGCUCGCGUAUGACGGUCAGCAACUGAGAAAAAACACGGGCAUGGAGCCCGACGAAACACUCGUCAAGGAACUGCUGGAAGAGGUGCCCGAGCCUUCGAAGGCACCUGCCGCCGACAAGUUGUCCGUGCCCUCCGACAGUGACUGGGAUUCGACGGAGGAAGUUGAGGACCUCCCUCCAAACAAGGUGAUGGAAGGCACAUUGGGACGUCUAGACACACUUCAAGGAACCGAAGAAAUUUGGGAAAGGAAUCCGAGCGUCCCCGUAAAUGCAGAUGAGGCUGUGAAGGCGAGCUUGCCAAGUGGCUCCCCUCCAACAGCAGCUCCGCGCAAGUCGUCUACUAGCCCUCAGCGCAAGCAUUCAAUCGAGCAGCACCAGCCACGUGCAGACGAUGUCAUUACGCCACAGAGGCCUCCCCGGUUGAGCAAGAACCGGCUCCGCAGUUCUUGGAGCUCCUCGUCAUCUUCAGCACCGCCAUCAAGGGCGAGUCCACUGGUCAUUGGCGGUUCCAGGCGUCCCAGCCUGCUAAGGGACAGUAAUAGUCGACCCGAGAGUGUGUCGCCAAGACCCCCCGACGAUCCGGGCGGCAGCUACGGAGGCUCACGGGUCGUUCGCAAGAGAUCAAAUGCAUCAAGCCGGUCGACAAAAAGCUCUAUCGCAGACAGGCAUGAAGUGACGACAAGGCACGUUGUGGAACUGACUGCACUCCCCACAACUGAACUAGGCGACCUGGUCACAACACUACAGAGGGAGGUUAGCUCAACACGGGCUGAGCUGGAUGAAGAGAUCCAACAUCGAAAGGAGGCAGAUUUGUUUGCCAGAGAGCUGCAGCUGCAGCUUGCUAAGAGGGAGCAAGCCAUUUUGAGAGAUUUUGAAACCAAGGAUGCCAUUGACAGCAAACUAGCUGAUCUGGAGCAGGAACUGAAAAGUGCGAAAGUGCUCAUCAAAGAUCUUCACCAUGAGAUUGAGUUUCUACAAAAACAGCUGAACUCGUACAAGGAAUCGGCCGACUUAUACAAAGAUGCGAGUGAGAAGCAAGAGGCACUGUUUAAGGAAAUUGUCAGUGAAAAGGAGAAACAGUGGGCUGAAGAACGUGAGAAGCUUCUGCUAAAGAUCAACGAAAAAGACGUUCAUUCAUUGACUGCACAAACGACUGCUGAGUUUGCUGCCAUACAGGAGAAGCUCGGUGCCCUGCAUGAAGUGCUCGCAUCGCUCAAUCUCAAGGCCGACUCAGUGCACAGCAUUGAGCGAGCUGAGGAAGGAAUCGCCAGGCUGCUCAGCCUGUCCACAUCAGCUUUGAGGGACUUGCAGAAGCUCUCCGAGAGUGCGGAGCAGACCUCCCGCGUUCUUCAUGGCAUCGACAACAGCCUUCACGCCAAGAGGUACGACAUGGGCUCGGACAGAAAUGCGAACAACUUGCUCGAGGGGGACGCCAACAACCAGCUCGCAACGACGGCAUCUUGGACGCAGAAUUUUGGCGGCAUCAACCAGACGCUCGAACGCCUCGAAGCCAACCAGAGAGUGCUAACAGACACGCUGGAGGAGAUACAAGCGGUGUUGGCCAGCAAAAUGAGCUCGGGCUCUGCGCCUCGCGAAGCGCUGGAUUCGUCGUAUCUGCCGUCGAAUGGUCACGUCGCCACUGCACCGUCCGCUACUGCGGCAAGCGCGGACUUGUCCGACAUCAAGGAAGGCGUCGGGCGCGUGCUGGACAGGCUUGACUUCUACGCCGACGAGAUCAAGAAGGCGUCGCAGUCGGAAGUGACAAACGCGACCCAAAAAGUCGUCGAGGCGUUUGCAGAGUACCACGCUGCCACAAAACAGGAAAUGCUCAACUUGCUGAACAAGGUGGCAUCGUCUCAGCAGAAGGCUCUUACCACUUCUGGCGUGGGUCAUUUGGCGGCGAAGGGCUGCCGUGGUGAUGAGGAAGCCUUCAAUGGCUCGGCCUUGUCAGACGAGUUUGCCGAGAUCAGGUUAAACCAGAGCACCGCGCUUCGUGAGCUGCAGAGCCUGAAGGACGAGCUUAUCCAGAUGGACACGAGUGGCAUGUUUGCGAGGCUAGAAUCGUGUCACGAGAGGGGCAUCGAGCAGGUCUCGAGGAUUGUGGAGCCGGUCUCAACUGAGCUGAAGUCUAUGCAGGUAGGUGAGCCCUUUCAGAUGCAGCAUGAGGACCUUCUCAGCCGCAUGGGCGAACCCGGCAAUGUGCCGAGUUCGGCUCAGUGGCAGGAGGUGCUGCACCGGCUCGACGGUAUGCUGGAGCAGACGGCCUCCCUGCGGAAGAAAGACCGUUCCGGCUGCUUGCGCCGCAUAUCAGCAGACCUCGGCGAGAACAUGCCAGACGCCGACCUCACGGCUGUGCUCAGCAACCUGGCCACGACGCUGACCGACCUCAAGAACGAGGUGCGCAGGCGUGAGAGCCUCCGGAACGAAGCCACACGUACUACUUACACCGCCCAGGCUGAGGAGCAGCAAGCUGCCAACACCACAAGUCUCGCCAAGGAAUGCUUAUUAGGAGAUGCUAAGCUGGCUAAAGAAAGAUACAGGAACAAGAGGGCUCUGCUGAAGUAUAAGUCGGAGCUUAAAGGCAUCAAAGAAAAGCUUAAGAGCCUGAACCAUGCUUUCGAUCGAGAUGGUUUCACAAGUCAUCACCAGAUCGACCGUCACGUGUCAGAAUUGCAAAGAAAGAUUGACCUGUUGUCCCUGAAGAUUGAAUCUGAUCGCCACUACCGAAUGGAUUUGGAGAUUAGCGACCUUAAAACAGAAAUGCAGCAGAUUAGGCAACAGAUGGCACGAGAAGAGCUGCUCAAGUCAACCCUGGGCUUCACGGCACAACCUGAGAGGCUUGAGCCCGAAGAAACACGUCCGAAACGUUUGGAACAGAAUGGGCAACAGGACUUUCUAUUCGAAAAGUACAGGAGCGACCUGUCGGCAGAGAUAAGCAAUCUGCAAAGGAACCUCAGCUCUGAGCCGGAUCUCCAUUAUUCCUGGUUGUCGUCGAAAAAGGGGGAUACGCCAGAGGAAGUCAAGAAGGUAGACGUGUCAGCCAACAAGAGUUUUCCCAGGCGCAAGCCGCCGAGCCAAAACCAGUCUACGCCGUAUCGAGUGCCACUGUUUCCCGAGCAUCUGCCCAGUUGGCCCAUGAGUCCGGUAAAGAGGACAGCCCCGCCGGUGCCGACGCAGAGCGCAGCCACACGUCAACGCGUUCAAGCCAUGUUGGAUGAAUCUUUUGCAAGGCACAUGACUGCAAGAAACACCUUUGUGACAGCACCAAGCCUCGAGGUUGAUGGCAUGGACGCUCAGCUGAAAAAGUCACUGGCCGAGCUGACAAACUCUCUGGAAAAAACUUAUCUGGUGUGACGCCGUGCACGAUGUUGUUUGUUGCUAGUCUUAGGAACCUUUUUUUUUAGCACACACUGGGCAUUCUUCUGUGUACCAUAAUACUGUAUUUUCUCGCGUAUAUCCCACACAUGAUAUACAGAUAAUUUGGAGCUGUAGUCGGGGUGUGAGUUAUUGUGCGAUUUUGGCACGCGAGAUGGCUUCAUCGCACUGCUUCACAGUAAUGCAAAGAAGCUGGCUACACGGCAGUAUGCGGUUAUCUUUUCUAAAAUUAUUUUGCUGCGGUUAUAUGGGCUACAUGCAGGGUUGGGUUAUACGCGAGAAACUGCAGCCAUAGCCAGCCAUACGGCUUAGCCAUAACCGUGUAGCCAUAGCGUUCGUAGAGGCCAUAUCUUAAGUGUCACCGCUCAAAGCCAUACAGGCGCACAGACACAGUCACCACUGUGCCGAGUUUGUUGCAAAUUUUAAAUAACCUCAUUUUGCUGAUCUCCCCCGCUCUGCGUUUGUUGAUUAAGGUAGCUCGAUGCUAUUUUUUGUUGUGCUUCUUUUGAGCUUAAAGCUUUUACGCAACUUCAUUUGUUGAUUGCAGCAGAAGCAUCAUGUUAUAUAUAAGGAAAAAGGUGUACGUUUCACCAUGUUUAAAGAAGUUGUGUCAGCCACAGUUUCAACAUAUCCAAUGUUCAUAUAAACUCCCAAGCAGGUAUCGGCAACAAAAAAAAGGUUGCAGUCAGAUCUGCGUACUUAUUUAUAUUGAAUUAUUUGUUAUACAAUAUAUGUUUUUUAUGUUGAGGUACGACUGUAAUACAGAGUAGGGUAUACAAUGCAGUCUACUUAUACGAAUAACAAUUACCGGAUAGACUACAUGUGCUCUCUACUACUUGCAUCAUUUAGAGCAGAUGCUUAAAACGGACCCGUGUGUAUAAAAAAGUGGCUUAAUGAUCAGCAUUUCUGAAGCUGUUGUCAUCAUUGCAAGUGGACUGCACUGUUAGUAAGUAUAUUUUGAAGACAGAUCUGAGCUCUCUUAAGGUGCUUAGCUGGAAUGAGCCAUAUAUACUCGUAAUAUAGGACUGUUAAAGGAGCGGAGACAAAUAUUAUUUUAUUAAUUUUUCAUAUUUCUUUUUACCUUUUUUUACGCAUCACAAGAGUGGGAGUGUGCGCAUUAAUCAUGCAGCGCACCUUAGCCACUUUGAAGUGCCUUCUACAUUAUUUCUCAGCAGUGUUUUCUCUGCUGAGUUGUCGUGGCUGUGACAUAGGGUGCAUAGCAAAUUUGGCAACCAAAACAGUCUGUUUAUAAUGAUUACAGCACAAUUACUGACACAAGAAAAUAAUAGAUGCAACAAGUGUUUACCACAACUGAAUUCGGGCGCUUUCGCGAAAACUCGUGAAAGCGCGAGUUUUCUGAAGUUUUAGUGGAGUUUGUCCAUAUGAUGCCUGAGAAGUAUAUUCAUCUCAGAAGUUCAAAUUGGAGUUUGUGUGGUGCCAUUUGUCUUGAUGGAAAUUGUACUGUAGUGAGUCAAAAUGUAAGAAUGCUACCAGAGCAGAUGCAUUCUUCACUUGCAAGAAACACUUGCAACUCGCUGUGGAGCUCUAAAUGUGGUAAACGCCUGCGUUCUGCAGGAAAGUACAUGCCAUAUAGAAAAAGCAGUGAAAAGGCAAUGUAUGCAUUUUAUGUGACAGGAUUACCGCUGUUACAGCUGUCAUCCUUGUGCUCAUACUAUCAUGCUGUUGUAGAUUAGUUUAUUUAUGCGACAAUUUGAUAUGCUGAAGGCACAACACGGAACACAUGUGCACAUAAUUCAGUCAGUGUUUAAUUCAAUCAGUGUAUUGAGAGAUAUCAUGUCAUGUCUUGUAGUAGGCGAUUCUGUUUAAGGCAGAAAAAGACCUCAUGCAAGAUUUUUGUCUCCGCUCUUUUAGGGGUCUUUGAACUUUCGCAUUGCAGGCAGAGCUCUUUUUACGUUGCUUUUUACUUUUUUACACUAUUAUACAUUAUAAUUUUGUUUUGCACUGUAUUUUUUUCAUGUGCACCAUUGUUGCAUGCACGGCUGCAGCUUUCUUUUUCUUCGUUGCAGAAGAGCUUGUUAGUGCAGUCCUGUUUUGAAUUUGAUCACGCCUUUAGAUGUUAACUCUAUUUCACCGUGGAAGAAAGGGUGUGAAUUGAAUGGUUGUGUUUUUGUGUGUGUGUGUGUGUUGCAUGCAGCAAAAAAAUCUAUGUGAAAACAUAGUGAAAACGUGCAGCUUUGAAAUCUGAACCAGUAGAAAAAUCAGGGUAGCCGAAGGUUUGCAGAAACAAGAUAUUGUGUGUGACAAAAUGAACAAGGCAUUGAUGCCGUACCAAGCCAUGAUUGUCGCCAUAUUUUAAGCAUGUUAAUACUGGAAAUAUUUCCGAACGUGUGAUACAUUGUCUCUUGUAUCUUCGAGGAGGUAAUAUUGGAGUUGUUGUCCUAGAUCUUGAUUUUGUUGCGUCGAGUCAUGGACACUACUUUCGUCUAUUGCAAGUGGACAUCAUCGAAUCACCAUUUAGAUUGGGAUGCUGGAACGCGGGAGUGUCGUGUCAUCACGCAUUGCCCGAUAGGUGUGAUGCAUUUUCGUGGAUGCACUGCCUUGUAAAAAUGUGCCUUGCAACAUAUCCUCCUUCAUUCUUGUUGAAAUGCCUGCAAAAGAACACAUGCGCUCUGAAAACUGAGAGUAUGAUAGUAAAAUACCUUGUUAGCAGAUAAUGGGCUUUAUUCUAAACAUGUGUCCUUAAUCUAGUUUUAUUAAACUGCUGGUUUCAAGUUUUUAGCCCUUUUUGCUUCACUUGUAGUACAGCUCUCAGUGAUGUGUUAUUGACGUUAAUGAUUUGAUCAACUUUCACACCUGCGACGUGCCGCCUAUUGUCGAGAUGACUACAGAAAAAGACAUGCAUGUGUAUAUGUGUUACUAGUACUUCACAUAAUUCAUGCAUAAAUAGGCAUGGACGAUCUGCACCUUCAGAGAAGCUGUGCAGUGAAUAUCUGGCACGUUUCAAAGAUCAGGUCUACUAUCGCAUCACAUCGAUGGUGUCCUAUGUAUUUGUUACACCAGCCUAAAAUGUGCAGCAUGCAAAGUUGGUAGGUAAUCCUUCAUAUAGGUACUACUCUAAAUCGAUGAUUUUUCUUCGAAGUUUUGUGUAGAAAUUGUGGAAUGGUUGUUUAUAUUCUAUUUAUAUUUGUUUUGCAAAUGGUUUGCGCUCAUGUUUAAUACAACAGAUAAUGAGAAGGAUGAUCUCUAAGCGCCUUGCCUUUUGUAAAAAGCAGUUUUAGGCCAGUCAGAAGCAGCUUUUUUGAGCAGGCUGUUUGAAGAUGUUUCAAUGCAGCAAGCACAGACCUGUAGAGUAGUGUUUGGAAUCGUAUUGAUGUAACACACAUACAUUGUGCAUGUGCAAGAAUUGUAACAGUGGCUGCUUGAGUUGAAAGCUGCAAAAUUCCGUAAGCUGCUAUUUUCACUUUUGCUUUUUUUUUUGUUUAUGCAACUCAUGUUCUUGGUAAAAAGUUUUUUUUUUUACAGCACUUAAAAGCACGCUUCUUUGACUAUUACUUACGCACAAGAGGCACAUUAUUUGUUUUACUUGUAUGUCAUUAUUCAAGUCACUCAUAGAAUGCACGAUUUAUAUCAUACCUGUGUAUGUUUGCAUGUGGGAAUUUCAUUGCACGCAUUUGUUUUGAGGAUUUAUGCACACACAGCAGUGCAAGUACAGUUCUUUAGUAGUAAUCUCUUAUCAUGGUAGCUGUGAUGCCUUUGUACAAUUCAUGACUGGCAGUUAAUUCUUGCUCUGACUACAAAGCUUAAUUACUUGUUGCCUAUCUUUGGCAGUAUACCUGCCAUCCGAUAUAAUCAGUCAGCUCAGAUAAAAAUAAUAGAACAAUUGUAAAUGACAUAAAAGGUUUGUUGGCAGCAUCAGUGUUGUUGUGGGGUCAUGUGAAGAUCAAAGUGUGUGCUUUACUGCUUUCUGUCCAGCACUAUUUUUCUGUCUAAGUUAAGCUUUUUAAUGCCAAUUCAUUUGGAGUACACAUCCUAUCGCAACUUUUUUUUUGAUGGCAUAGACUUACUGCUGGAGGCUUACUGCUGGAAAAAACAAAUUCUAUAAUAGGAGCAUUUUGGAGCGCAUCUAGUCCUUAUGAAGUACCAUAUUUACUCUCUUUUAGCGAGCGAGAGCCUGUUCAUCGAAUCUGUAAUGUAGCUUUUGAAAGCUACAAGAAAGGUGGUAUUUUCUUUUUCUAUAUCGAGCUAUCUUUAGCUUGUACUAUGCCAUUGGAAAUGUAAUCUCCUUAUAUGACUGGAGUCAACUGGCAAUGGUUCAAACUUCAAAGGGCCAUAAUUCUUUCUAUUAUUAAACAUUUGAGUAGUAAAAGUUCAGUUUAAAUGCAGUCUAAAACUAUUAUGGCUAUUCUCAUAAAGAUGUAUAGAUAACCAGAAUUCUGAGAGUUCAAAGUAGCCAAAAUUCUCCUAAUCAUGUUUACAAGCCAGGUACAAAAUGUGCUAAAACAUAUCGGGCCUUGUAAAUAUUGUGAGAUAUACAUAUGUAUGUAUAAAUUUGAAUUUGAGAUUACAACAGUUUUGAGUAAUGGGAAUUUGAAAUAUUGUACGUCCACUUCACUGGAGUGCUUUUUAAGAAAACAUCUUAGCAUUGUUGUUAGUACAUGUACAAGUACGUGUACAUGUGCUAAAUUGUACAUGCAGUAUGUGUACAAUUUGGCACAUUAUGUACAUGCUAUAAAGUGCUAGUGACACCAGAUUGUUGCUAAAUCUGCGCAACUCAUUUUAGGUGCCAUGUCUGCCUCUGCUCACACUUUUUUUAUAUUUACGUAUUAAGGAACAUGUUGAGAUUGUUUGCAUUGUUGGUACUGCUUGUUAUUGAGAAUGUUCAUAACAUGAACUGGAGUUCUAUGCAAUCAUUUGACGUUCCUGUAUGCUGUCUUAAACAGGGCAAUACAAAGUUUGAACUGUCUAUUGCACAAUCAGUAUAACAGUGACAGUGUUAGUUUAAUUUAGUAAUGCAAGAAGGGUUAAUAACCUAACCUGUCAUGCUAUUCAGCGUUCCAGUGUUAAAUAUGAAAGUGUGAUACGGAACUUUCCAAGACUCUCACUUGUGCACAAUGUAUGUUGAAUUUCAUGUCUAUAAAAAACUGCAAAUAAACUGCCUGCAUG